AUUAUUCCCAAAUUAUUCGGACACUCGCCCUCACACCCACUCUCUGUCCGGCUCUCUUUGUCCUUCACACAAAGGAGCCCUUCCUUCGAUGGAUCGGAAAGCCGCCCCCGCCGCCGAGACCUCUCAUCAACAGCAAGGAACCGAGGAGGACGAACAGGCCGGUGCGACCUCCCACCACCACCUGACGAUCCCGGCGGGGCUGACAGAGGCGGAGUUCUCGGAGCUGAUCCCAUUCGUGAAGGAGUUCCACAGCUACAAGGUGGGGCCGGGGAGAUGCUCCUCCCUCCUCGCCCAGAGCGUUCACGCCCCACGCGCCGUCGUCUGGUCCAUAGUCCGUCGCUUCGACAAGCCCCAGGUCUACAAGCACUUCAUCAAGGCCUGCUCCGUCGACCCCGACUUCCAAAUGGCCGUCGGAUGCACGAGGUACGUGGAUGUGAUAUCGGGGCUGCCGGCGGAGACUAGCACGGAGCGGCUGGACAUACUGGACGACGAGAGGUUCGUGACGGGGUUCAGCAUCAUCGGAGGGGAGCACCGGCUGAGGAACUACCGGUCGGUCACGACGGUCCACGAGGUGGGUGGUGGGCCGGCGGAUGCAGGGGGCGAGAUCUCCACGGUGGUGCUGGAGUCCUACGUGGUGGACGUGCCGGAGGGGAACACCGAGGAGGACACGCGCCUCUUCGCCGACACAGUCGUGAAGCUCAACCUCCAGAAGCUGGCGUCCGCGGCGGAAGCCCAGGCGCGUGAUGCUGACGUGAAGUCGACCGCGAGUGGGUGAGAGCGAGAGGGAGGGGCCAUAUUAUGUGAAGUGGAGAACAUGACAUUUUUUUUUUUUUGAAAAUAAAAAAUCGGUGGACUGGACAUGACCGGAAAUUGGAACUGUUUGGGGUUGCGGUGGAUUGGAAUAUUCUGUCAGCCUUUAUAUGGGAUAAGCUAUUGUUUUGAGGGGUAAAAUUGUCAACUUAUCCCGUCUCCUGCGCCGCCGCCUGUAAAAAAAGAAAAAGUCAAAAAAAAUAUUGAAAAUGUUUUGUCUCU